CCUGUUCGCAUACGAUCUUUGUCAGGAUCAACAGCUGGGUGGAACUCCGACAAAAAGUUGCCUCAAUGACAUUUUCCACAGGGAUGGCAGUUUGACUGAGAGACAAGCUAGCCGUUGUAUUAAUUGUGUGUGUUUUACCCCGCGGUGCCAUGGAUUUUAACGUGAAACGGUUAGCUGCAGACGCCGGUACUUUCCUGAGCCGCGCGGUACAAUUCACAGAGGAGAAACUUGGCCAGGCUGAGAAGACAGAGUUGGAUGCUCAUCUGGAGAACCUCUUGGUCAGAGCUGAGAACACCAAGCAAUGGACGGAGAGGAUUAUGAAGCAGACAGAGGUCUUACUACAGCCCAACCCAAAUGUCCGGCUAGAAGAAUUUGUGUACGAGAAACUGGAGAAGAAAGCCCCUACGCGAAUGAACAACCAUGAGCUGCUGGGCCAGUCCAUGAUUGAGUCAGGGAAUGAGUUUGGCCCUGGCACUGCCUAUGGAAAUGCUCUGAUAAAAUGUGGGGAGACGGAGAAGCAGAUUGGCGGAGCAGAGCGGGAGUUAAUCCAAAGUGCUGCCAUCAACUUCCUGACACCUUUCAGAAACUUUCUAGAGGGUGACUUCAAAACCAUCCUGAAAGAACGGAAGCUGCUGCAGGUCAAACGCUUGGAUCUGGAUGCAGCCAAAACUCGGCUAAAGAAAGCCAGGAUGACUGAUGCCAGAGCUGCGGCAGAACAGGAGCUGAGGAUGACCCAGAGUGAGUUUGACCGGCAGGCAGAGAUCACCCGACUGCUGCUGGAGGGCGUCAGCAGCACCCAUGCACACCACCUACGCUGCUUGAACGACUUUGUCGAGGCCCAGACUACUUACUAUGCACAGUGUUACCAGUAUAUGGUGGAUCUGCAGAAGCAGCUGGGCAGUUUCCCCUCGUCCUUCUCCAACAACAACCAGUCGUCAGUGUCGGGCGGGGCCAGCAUCUCGGUGCCCACCAUCCCGGUGUCGGCCUCCCUGCCCAGCGUGUCCGCGGGCCGCGACAGCUCGACGGCAUCGGGCGGCUUCAAUGAACUGCGGAGCUCCAACGGCAGCCGCAAAGCCCGCGUGCUUUACGACUACGAUGCUGCCAGCAGCAGUGAGCUGUCCCUGCUGGCUGAUGAGGUGAUCACAGUCAGCAGCGUCCCAGGCAUGGAUUCAGACUGGCUGAUGGGCGAGCGCGGCACCCAGAAGGGCAAAGUGCCAAUCACUUACCUGGAGUUGCUUAACUGAGAGCCUCCUCUUCCUCUUCUUCCUCCUCCUCUGUAACCAGCUGUGAUCUCAUAUUUAUAUUGUGUUGCAGGGUCAGGCCUCACUUUCUCUUCCAUUCACUUGUAGAAAGAGUUGUGUUUCUAUGAAAAGGAGUCUCGGUUUUAGCGACUCAAGCUGGAAUGAAAACAUUUUGAGUGAAGCUGAAGGAAAUGGACCCCGAUCCCUGACGUGUUCGUAUGCAACUGCAGUACAUUUCUAAAAAACAAAAACAAAAAAAACCUGCUUCCAUGCCUUUUGUGUUUGAUGCCAUGCGAUCUGCAAUAUGUGCCAGAACAUCUCCCAAACGUUAUAUUGUUUUUUGUUUACAGUAUAUAUCUCAGAUGGUGAACUGAAUGGUUUUAAUACGUUUUCUCAAGCAGCGAAACAGCUGACACAUUUUUUAAAAAUACAAAAAUGCACUUGUUUAAAGUGCAGACUGAUGCUGAUUAUAUUAAGUCUUAUUUUAUAACUGGUAAUCUGGUUGCCUAAAAUACCUUCUUUUUUUUUUAACAUUAUCGAAAGUAUUGCACGUCAGCUUUAUUCACCUGGACUGCGAGUUAAACGAUUUGUUCCAGUGCGUUUGAUCGAUGCAGACGCAGAAUUAGAGAAGUUGUAACCUGCUGAUAACCAGACAGUUACAAUACCUACAUGCCAGUCAUCAUUAAGUGCCUAUCACAUGUUAUCAGCCUUAUAAAACCAUUUGCCUUUCUCGCAGCUACACCAGCAGUAUUGAGACAACUCAGUGUCUUCUCUCAGUGUUGAACCUGAAUGCUUUUAUUUAAGUUAUUGACAAUUGGAAACCAGAAUUUUGAAUUUUUGAUAUGUUUAUCAUCUCAAGUCUCGGUCGACUUGUUGACUUGAAGAAAAUGCCUUAAAGUAAAACCCUUUACUUUUUUUUUUUUUUAACAUUACUAACGAAAGUUUCCCCCAAACCUGCAUUUCAAUUCUGCAUUUGAAAAGAAAAUCUUGUUACAUCCUGGGAGAUUUAAGUAUAUUAUUUCAUGGCUGCUUUUUGUUUUGUGUGUAACUGACAAGAUAGCAUCAACUGUAAAAUAAAUAUACAAUAUGAUACAUUAAAAUAAGGAAAAUAUCA